AAAUAGAAUGAGAAAAUUGGAUAAGUUAAUGGAAGUGUACUACUAAAAAAAAAAAAAAAAAAACAGUUGCACGAAUCAACUACUGAAAACCUCAAUUGAAUCAACCAAACGGCUCUGAUGUCAACCCUAUGCUUUCAAACUCUGCUAAUUAUCCUAAUUUAGCCCUACCCGCAACCUACAAUUUUCACCCAAAUUCAACCUGCAAACCUCUUUUCAUUACCUCCAAUUGCUCUUAUUCAAUUCUGUAUAGGAGUGUUGAAUCCUGAUUUUGACCGAUUGAUUAACGAAUUGGUUCCGUGAGGAGUGUAUGAGCUGUGUCUUGAUGAUUAUUAAAGCUUACGUUUUUCAGCAUGACCAGGAAAUUCUCCGCGGCGAAUAGCUCCAACGACGGUGUUUCCGAUUCCUCGUCACGGGAAUUGCGCCGGGAUGUUUACGAUUUUAGGUUUCCGGCGCUGGAAUCUGGUCGCCGCCCCUGGUCUGAUCCAUGUAGUGUGAGUCCGUCUCAGGGGUCGAGGCGAUUCUCGCUCUCAAGGACGACUGGGGAUCGAGAUGGUGGUUUUAGGAAUUCGAAGAAAGUGAAGGUGAUUGAUGUCGAUUCGGAGCCGUAUGGUUCGUGCUCGACACAAGGUUCGCAGGGAAUUGAGGUUUUUGAUUUUUCUGAUGAGGGUUUCCAGAAUUCAAAGAAGCUGAAGAAAGCUGAAUUUGAUCCUUUCGAGUAUAAUUCAUCGGAGGAGUUGGAGGGAAUUGUGGUUCCACCGCAGAGAAAGGGCAGGGAGAGUGGAUUUUUUGAUUUUUCGGAAGAUGUGGAUUUUCAGAAAUCGAAGAAGCUCAAGACAGCGGAUUUUGAUCCUUUCGAGUAUAAUUCAUCGGACGAGUUGGAGGGAAUUGUGGUUCCACCGCAGAGAAAAGGUAGGGAGAUUGGGGUUUUUGAUUUUUCAGAUGUGAAUUUCCAGAAAUCAAAGAAGCUCAACAAAACAGAUUACGAUCCUUAUGAGUAUAAUUCAUCAGAGGAGUUGGAGGGAACUGUGGCUCUGCCGCAAAGAAAGGGCAUGGACAUAGGGGUUUUUGAUUUUUCGGAAGAUGUGGAUUUAUGGAAAUCAAAGAAGUGCAAGACUGUUGGUUCUGAUACAUUUGGGCGAAGAUCGUCUCAGGAUUUAGGGAUUCUACAGUCAAGAAAGCAUGGGUGGAAUGGGAUGAGCGUGAAUCUUGCUGAAGUUUCUAUGAAAUCACAGAAGAGGGAUAGGGGGAAAAAUGGGGCUCUAGAGAAGAAAAAGAAGAAGAAGAGGGAAUCAAGGGAUUCGGACCCAGGUUAUAUAGAGCUUACCUCUACAUCCAUGGAGACUGGAGAGUUCGGGGAGACAACAGAACAUAUUGAUGAGGUGAACUCUGCAUUAGAUGGGUUAAAGAAGGGACAAGCAGUGAAGGUUCGGAGGGAAAGUCUUCUAUCAUUGUUAUCAAUUUGCGGAACGUUGCAACAGAGGCAGCUUUUGUGGGCUCAUGGGAUUGCCAGAAAAAUAAUUGAUGCCAUUCUUGGAAUCAGUGUUGAUGACACACCAAGCAAUCUUGCUGCUGCUGCUCUAUUUUACCUUUUGACUAGUGAUGGUCAAGAUGAGCAUCUUUUGUAUUCACCAAGUAGCAUCCGCUUUCUAAUAAAAUUGUUGAAACCACUUUCACCUACUGCUUCCAAGGAAAAGUCACAGCCCAUUGGCAGCAAGCUUCUAGGCCUGUGCAAGAAUGCUGGUUACCCACAAAAUUCAGCCAAGGAAACAGAUUCCACCUCUACUGAGAUUCUGCUCAUGGUUCGGGAGAUCCUUGUUGAUUGUAAGGAAAUGAAGCCAGUAGAUAAUAUUGAUGGAGAAAAGCAAGAGCCUGAGCUGAACCCUAAAUGGAUUAGUUUGCUUACAAUUGAAAAAGCCUGCUCGUCCAGUAUAACUAUUGAAGGUUUUGAAGACACUUCUAGAACUUUACAGAGAGCUAGGAGCAACUUCAAGAAGAAACUCAGAGAGUUUGGGGGACUUGAUGCAGUGUUUGAAGUGGCAAGGAAAUGUCAUUCUGUGAUGGAGGAAUGGUUGGAGAGAAGUCCAUCUUUUGCCCUGGAACUGAAAAAUACUUCUGGGCUAGAAAGUCUAGUGCUGCUCGUGAAAUGUCUAAAAAUCAUGGAAAAUGCUACAUUCCUCAGCAAUGAUAAUCAGUGCCAUUUGCUUGGGAUGAAAGGCAGCUUUGGAGGCCAACAAGCUCCACGAUCUUUCACAAAGCUCAUUCUGAGUGUCAUUAAAAUUCUCUCAGGUGUUUCCUUGCUCCGAAGUUUUAUUUCUUAUGGAAGCAGCCACUCAGGAGGGCAUAGUAGCAUGGAAAGGACUUCUUACUCAAGUGUGGAAGCCAAUCAGGUGUCUUCACAAAAAUGGAGAGUUGAAUCUUCUCAAGCAGGAUCAUGCAAUGAAACAUCUCGUAAUUUAAAUCAUGCACAUGUAAGCAUAGAUGAUUCUGGAGUGGAAUCUGGUACUCGAAACAGAAAGCCAAGGUUUACCAACUCUGGAAUUACAGUGGAUAGUCCAGAUCCUUUUGUAUUUCAUAACGAUGAUUCCGAACCAUCAAAGUGGGAAUCACGAUCUGGAAGUAUGGAUAAGUCUUUAUCUCGAGAUGGUAGGGCAACUGUGCUUGGUUAUACAGAUACAAGUGAUUUUGUAUCAGUGAGCCAACAAGAAUCAAACAAUGUGGAAUAUCAUCAUUCCCAGGAGACCUCUUGUUCUUCGGUUGGUGAUGAAGAUAAGUCCAACCUCUUGGCAGAUUGUCUUCUCACGGCUAUCAAGGUUCUGAUGAACUUAUCCAAUGACAACCCUGAGGGCUGUCGGCAAAUUGCAAGCUGUGGGGGUUUAGAAAUUUUGUGUUCUCUUAUUGCUGGUCAUUUUCCAGCAUUUAGCCUUCCUCUGUCACGCUCAAGUCAUGUGAGGAAUGCCAGUUUGCCAUCUAAAUCAAGCCUCACAAUCUAUCAUUGUAGCAAUACACCUCUCACUGACCAAGAGCUAGAUUUUCUUGUCGCCAUUUUGGGUUUGCUCGUGAAUUUGGUGGAGAAAGAUGGUGGUAACAGAUCUCGGCUUGCAGCAGCUAGUGUUUCACUACCCCGCCUUGUAGGUCUGGAUUUGAAGAAACAAAGCAAUAUGAUUCCAAUUCUGUGCUCAAUCUUGUUGGCUAAUCAAGGCACUGCAGAGGCUGCCGGAGAGGAAAAAUGUUUGUCCUGGGAGGAUGAAGAUUCCAUUAUACAGGGGGAGAAGGAGGCUGAGAAAAUGAUUGUAGAAGCUUAUUCUGCUCUUCUUCUUGCUUUUCUUUCGAUGGAAAGCAAGAAAGUACGCAACGCCAUUGCAGAACGCCUUCCUGGUCGCAACUUGAAAAUUCUUGUUCCAGUGUUGGAGAGAUUUGUGGAAUUCCAUCUGACGCUGAAUGUGAUCUCGCCGGAGACACAUUCCACUAUGCUCAAAGUAAUAGAAUCAUGUAAGAUGCCAUGAGUGUAGGAAAUUAUAGCACCUGCGCUCAUGAAGCACCAGGAAUGGUUAUCUUAUAGUGUGCAUGCACCACAGGGCUCAUCUAACCGAGUAUUGCCAAGUUCGAGCUUCAUAGUAAUACUCGAGCUUGCUCUUCUAGAUGUAAAAAAGUUUUGGUCCCCUUUCCUUUCCUUUUUUUUUUUUUUUUUUUUGUUGUUGUAAUGAAUUGAUAAUCAAUAUUACUUCAUAGUUUAUAGUGUAAAUUGUUGUUUUUCUUGGUUAGAAACCUCUGGCAAAACACAAUAACAUGUGUAAGGCCGUCUUACUGGUUAAAAUUUGUAAGACGGUCAUAUUUAGAUCCAAAUUUAUAUUUAUAAUUUUGUUAGUAUUUGAA